GAGGGGACGCGCGCGAGCGCCGGCGAUGGGACCCGUGGCGAGGCUGGCGGCGCUGCUGGCGGUGCUGGCAGUGCUGGCGCUCCGGGCAGGAGACCCGGCGCGGGCCGCGGCGCGCGACGACACGUUCUCGGCGCUGACUAGUGUGGCGCGCGCCCUGGCGCCCGAGCGCCGGUUGCUGGGACUGCUGCGGAGCUACCUGCGCGGGGAGGAGGCGCGGCUGCGGGACCUGACCAGAUUCUAUGACAAGGUGCUGUCUUUGCAUGAAGAUUCAGCAACCCCCGUGUAUAACCCUCUGCUUGCAUUUACUCUCAUCAAACGCCUGCAGUCCGACUGGAAGAAUGUGGUACAUAGUCUGGAGGCCAGUGAGAACAUCCGAGCUCUGAAGGAUGGUUAUGAGAAGGUGGAGCAGGAUCUGCCGGCCUUUGAGGACCUUGAAGGAGCAGCAAGGGCCCUGAUGCGGCUGCAGGAUGUGUACAUGCUCAAUGUGAAGGGCCUCGCCCGAGGCGUCUUUCAGAGGGUCACUGGCUCCGCCGUCACUGACCUGUACAGUCCCAGACGGCUCUUCUCCCUCACAGGGGAUGACUGCUUCCACGUUGGCAAGGUGGCCUAUGACAUGGGGGAUUACUACCAUGCCAUUCCAUGGCUGGAGGAGGCUGUCAGUCUCUUCCGAGGAUCUUAUGGAGAAUGGAAGACAGAGGAUGAGGCAAGUCUAGAGGAUGCCUUGGAUCACCUGGCCUUUGCCUAUUUCCAGGCAGGAAAUGUUUCGUGUGCCCUCAGCCUCUCCCGAGAGUUUCUUCUCUACAGCCCAGAUAAUAAGAGGAUGGCCAGGAAUGUCUUGAAAUAUGAAAAGCUCUUGGCAGAGGGCCCCAACCCAGCAGUAGCUGAGGCUGUCAUCCAGAGGCCCAACGUGCCCCACCUGCAGACUAGAGACACCUAUGAGGGGUUAUGUCAGACCCUGGGUUCGCAGCCCACUCACUACCAGAUCCCUAGCCUCUACUGCUCCUAUGAGACCAGUUCCAGUCCCUACCUGCUGCUCCAGCCCAUCCGGAAGGAGGUCAUUCACCUGGAGCCCUACGUUGUCCUCUACCAUGAUUUUGUCAGUGAUGCUGAGGCGCAGAAGAUUAGAGGGCUUGCAGAACCGUGGCUACAGAGAUCCGUGGUGGCAUCAGGUGAAAAGCAGUUACCGGUGGAGUACCGCAUCAGCAAAAGUGCCUGGCUGAAGGACACUGUUGACCCAAUGCUGGUGACCCUUGACCAUCGCAUUGCUGCCCUCACAGGCCUUGACGUCCAGCCUCCCUACGCAGAGUACCUCCAGGUGGUAAACUAUGGAAUCGGAGGGCACUAUGAGCCUCACUUCGACCAUGCUACGUCACCAACCAGCCCACUGUACAGAAUGAAGUCUGGGAACCGAGUUGCAACAUUUAUGAUCUAUCUGAGUUCUGUGGAAGCUGGAGGAGCCACAGCCUUCAUCUACGGCAACUUCAGCGUUCCUGUGGUCAAGAAUGCAGCACUGUUUUGGUGGAACUUGCACAGAAGUGGUGAAGGGGAUGGUGACACACUUCAUGCUGGCUGUCCUGUCCUGGUAGGAGAUAAGUGGGUGGCCAACAAGUGGAUACACGAGUAUGGACAGGAAUUCCGCAGACCCUGCAGCUCACGCCCUGAAGACUAAAAUGGUGGCAGAGAGAAGCUGGAGGAGUCCUGUGGCUUUCCAGAGAAGCCAGAAGCCAAAAGCUAGGGUAAGAGAGGAGAAAGGAGAGCAAGCUUCUGGAGGAGGGCCUAGUCAGCACUGCCUGUUUCUUGUAAAUGGGAGACAAGGACGUGGUCUUUAGCAGGGGACACCUGAGAAUUUACAUUAUUUCUUCUAAAGCCAUGAGUCACAGCAGAAUGGACAGUACAAAGGAGGGGGCAAGAAGGCGAGAGAGAGAGAAGUUUCUGGAGCUCAGACACUCUGUUGGGAACAGGACAUACCAACAGUCUCCAGGGUUUGGUCAGUGGGGCUUUUGCCACUUGGAACCUUGACCACAGGGGCCUAGAAGCAGCAGUGAGGACACCUGCAGGCGGUGCCUGACCCCCCAUUUGCCCUUUUGCCCACCGACUUCUGCUGAAGACUGAGCAGGGGGUGUCUCUGUAUCCGGAGUGUACCUCAUGUGAUGAUUUUUUUUUAAAGUAGAAAGUAACUUUCUUCUUUUUUUAUAUGAUGAUUUUUUUAGUACAGCCAUUAAAAAUGUUUUAAUACAGUCAU